AUGAUCUUUACCGAGAGAGAAUAGGACAGUCCAGCAGUUAAUGCCUAUGACUAUUAUACAAGCUAUCCAAACUCGAAUUAAGAGUCUCUCAUCAUGAAAAAGCAAUAAAUGAGAAGAUCUCUGAGCUAGGAGGAUACUCAAAUCUACAGCGAUCACAAUAUUCGAUUUGAUAAGACUCCUUAUAUGACGAAGCAGGAUAAAAUUUAACAGAAAAGUGCUUUCACUUCUUCUAAUUGCAGUUUCAUUACAAUAGCUAUCGAUAAACUGACAUUAAAGCGGGGAACUAUUUAUGAUAAGGCCAAGCUCAGAGUUUACCUUGAAUAAUGCAGGAUAUAAAAGAAAAAGGCAGAAUUCGAUCAACUCACAAUAAAUGAGGACGAUCUGAGAUGUGCUGUACAAGAGUUGCAUGAUGAAGAACUCUUGGAAUCAUUCGAUUAAAGAGAGAAAUUGAUAUCAACUAUCAGAGCACUAUAAGAAGAAAAUUAGGAUCUUUUUCAAAGAAUGUACCAAUCUUAAUCUGCUAGCUAAAACAAUAAUAAAUUUCUAAUGCAGUCGCCGAUCUAAGAAGAGGAGGAAAUCUAAAGGAUCUCCUAUCCAAGUUGCUUUUCAAUAGACAAUGAUAGUAAAGAUAACUUAUAAAAGAAGAAUAAAGAUAACCACAUAGGAUUAGUAACACAAAUUCAAAAGAACUAUGAUUAAUUCGAUUUUACUAGCAGCAUUUAUAAGCAGCCAUUUGAUUAUGGACUCAAUCAUAUGGAAUAAGUUACUUUUGAUGCAAGAUAAGAAUCAUCUAGCUAAUUCAAUACAAGAGAUUUCUUGAGCACAUUACCCUAGCAUUUAAGCAAUGCUAGCUCUAAUUACAACACAAAAUAGCCAGAAAGAUAAAACUACCAAGGAGGUGGAGUUAACCAAAAUACCUCUCUUACAUUUUCAUACUCUCCAUAUAAUCCAGAGGAAGAGACUCAAAAACUAACUCAACUAGAUGAGAUAAAUUAGGAAAUAUUGAAUGAUUUCCACAAGAACUGUUUCCUGAAUAGUAAUGAUUUGAAUUUCUUAUCAGAUAAAGAUCUAUUGCCAAUGAAUGGCUUAAGAUAGACUCAGGGAUUCAAUCAUCAUUAAAGAAAUAACUCAGAGGAUAAUCAUUUCAUCUCUUGCGAUACAAUUGACGAUAGAGAUGAUGGCUAAGAGGGUGGUAUUAAUAAGCAGUUCUUUGUGACUGUCGGUUCAGUAGCUCAGCUUAAGCAUCCGAACAGAAUGAUAGUGCCUGAUUUCCAGACAAAGGGAAUCUAAAAAGUGAUUCAAAAUACCUAAAGAUUUGAUAGAGAAAGCUUUGGAAUCAGAGUGCUUGAGGAUUAUGAAGAAACCUCAAGACUUUCAGCCGUAUUAAGAGAAGUGCAUGAGGAAAAGGAAAAGGAAAAUCUAGUGACAGAAGUAGAUUCUCAUUAUUAUGAAAGCAAAAUAUCUCAGAAUUUCAAAUCUGACAAUAGUAGAAACCGAGACUUUAUCCCAAAAUCUCAAACCACUUCUAAUAAAGGAUUUGCUUAAGCUGAAAAGACUUAAACUUUUUUAGAAGCACGUAAAUGUCUAAAUUAGAUUAACUCUCCACAUGAAAACAUAGCUUCGAAUUCCACACUUGCUACAUAGACUAAUAAUAACUCUAACAGAAAUCUGAAUAAGAUGUCCCCGCCAAGGCUUAGUCGGUUCUAUUCAAAUAAUAAUGAGUAUUAAGACGGCUAAGAUGGAUAAUUUCACUAUGUUCAUCUAAGAGAAAAUUCAACUGCUUCAAAUGGUUAUCCCUAUCAACUGCCUCUCUAAACUUAAACACAAUCAUCUUUUGUAGUUUUCGAUGCCCUUAAUGGAACUUAAUCUAUUUAGGGAACAAAUAUGAAUGAUGGUAGCAAAAGUAUUGGAGGGCAUGGUUUUAGCAUUAAUGGUAAUACAUUUGGGGAUUAUUGCUCGCUGAAAUCUAUGAAUAAUAAAAACAACCACAACACGAAUACAAACACUAAUCGCAACAUUGCUAUUCAAAAUGACUAUACAAUUUACAACGUUGAUGAUGGAUCAAGCAAUGAGAUUCAAAACAUUAAAAACAAUUAAACCUUAAAAGAAAUAAUCUCAUGUGAUCAUAAAUCUAAAAGGCAUUAUCUAUGA